GUUACCAUGGCGAUGACUGUCGCUUAGCAACGGCUUGGUUUCGUUUCUCACACACCUUGAGUACACCGUGAGUGGCGUGCACUGUGCAUUAUGUCGGAAUCGGAAGGACUCUGGCAAGAUCGAGAUAUCAGGUUCGAUAUCUCAAACCAAGACCUCCAAUACGGCGCUGGAGAAGAACAGAUUGACAGGCUUCCAAAUGUUGAGGACACCAAAGGGAACAGCGGAGAUAAAGGAACAUUGUAUGUCACCAACCUCCGGAUUAUCUGGCAGUCUCUUGCUAGGCCAAGAGUAAACUUGUCUGUGGGAUUCAACUGUGUCACAGGAAUAUCAACGAGAACUGUGAACUCCAAAUUAUGUGGAAUCGCCGAAGCACUGUACAUUAUGACCAAAUCCAACAGCACCCGUUACGAAUUCAUAUUUACCAACCUGAGCCAGAUCAUGGAGCAGCCACGCCUUAUCGCAUCUGUCCUCAACACAUUCAAGGCGUACAGUGCCACCAAGCUGUACCGCGACCUGCACCUCCGCGCCGCACUGCUGCACAACCGGCAGCUGCGACUACUACCCAUGGAGCAGCUGUGCAGCCAGGUGAAUGGCGUCUGGAACCUGUCCAGCGACCAGGGUAACCUGGGAACGAUGCACGUCACCAACGUGCGCAUUGUCUGGCACGCCAACAUGAACGAGUCUUUCAACAUCAGCUUGCCCUACCUGCAAGUGGCCGCCAUCAAAACGCGGGAGUCAAAGUUUGGAACAGCGCUUGUCAUCGAGACAACGGACAGGAGUGGUGGCUAUGUGCUCGGGUUCAGAGUGGACCCCGUGGAGCGACUGCAGCACAUCUACAAAGAGCUGUCUAGCCUCCUGAAAGUACACAAGAUCAAGCCGAUCAUGGGAGUGGACGUCUUCAUGCAGAAGCUGACAGCAGAUGAAGAGGCCACGACCCAAGACACAGGUCCUGAAAUGCACGACGAGCCCGAGGUGAACAGUGCAGAUGGAACUCACUAUGAUGCCUUUGCUGCCUACCUGGCAGAUGGUGGUCACAAUCGUGACCGUGAGGUUGUGCUGAGCCCUGAGCUAGGUCUUGCUGUGGAAAAACUGCCCGAAGGUUUCACACUCGCUAGCCUCUGGGAAGUGCUGCCACCCUCGUCCUGAGCCUACCAGUCACUUCAAGGCCCAUGGGAAUGGCAGAAGCCAAUAGUUAUUUCCACACUACUUCUCGAUUUUGGCCAAAUAAACAGCGUCUUACUUUUGCCUGCCUUCAUGUGGUGACUACUGUCACUUUUAGUUUCUUGCUUUUCGUCUUUCUCUAGACACCUCUAUUUGGAGUCGAAGUACUUUAUAUGAUAUUGAGCACUAGGAGAAGAUGAAAACUUCCAGAUUUGCUGAAUGCUUCAUAAAGCUUUUGUACUGUACCAAAGAUCCUUUUCUCCCUUCUGUUGCCAUGCCAAAUGCAUUGCUUUAGAUUGUACACCAUGAUGGUAACCAUGGUAACUGUUGCAUAUUGCACAGGGACGUAACAUGGGACGUAACAGCACUGCACUUGCCCGUACACGUGAUUUUACACUGCUACACAAAAGGAAGGCAAGAGCAGAGGCAGUUGCUUUCCCAGUUCCUCAUGAAUCACCUUCAGCUUUCUGUCAAGGUUGUUUAUUAAAUGACUGUUAGGUUAGAGGAGGAACUAAGCAGCAUAAAUUAGUAUAACAGUUUAUUCAGAUAAAAACGGAUCACAGGAGCGUAGACAUCAAUAUGAC